GGCAUUUGAAACCGCCCAAUCAGGGGCGCGAGCUGGGGUUUGUUCCUUAAAGAGAGCGCUGAGGAAGAAGGCGGCAAGGAGCAACGGACGGUGGCCUGCGAGCGGACGGCAAGAUGACCGGGUCUAAUGAGUUCAAGUUGAACCAGCCUCCAGAAGAUGGCAUCUCCUCGGUGAAGUUCAGCCCCAACACAUCCCAGUUCCUGCUGGUCUCUUCUUGGGACACUUCGGUCCGGCUCUAUGAUGUCCCUGCCAACACUAUGCGCCUCAAAUACCAACACACUGGCGCGGUCCUCGACUGCGCUUUCUAUGAUCCAACACAUGCUUGGAGUGGGGGAUUGGAUCAUCAGUUGAAAAUGCAUGAUUUGAAUACUGAUCAAGAAAACCUUGUUGGAACCCAUGAUGCACCUAUUAGAUGUGUUGAAUAUUGUCCAGAAGUGAAUGUUAUGGUCACUGGAAGUUGGGAUCAAACAGUUAAAUUGUGGGAUCCCAGGACUCCUUGUAAUGCAGGAACCUUUUCUCAGCCAGAAAAGGUUUACACGCUCUCUGUGUCUGGAGACAGAUUAAUUGUGGGGACAGCUGGUCGGAGAGUGUUGGUAUGGGACUUGAGGAAUAUGGGCUAUGUGCAGCAGAGAAGAGAGUCUAGUCUGAAAUACCAGACUCGCUGCAUACGAGCAUUUCCAAACAAACAGGGCUAUGUGUUAAGCUCUAUUGAAGGCCGAGUGGCAGUUGAAUAUUUGGACCCAAGUCCUGAGGUACAGAAGAAGAAAUAUGCAUUCAAAUGUCACAGACUAAAAGAAAAUAAUAUUGAACAGAUUUAUCCUGUUAAUGCCAUUUCCUUUCACAACAUUCACAACACAUUUGCUACAGGUGGAUCUGAUGGAUUUGUUAAUAUUUGGGAUCCAUUCAACAAGAAACGAUUGUGCCAAUUUCAUCGGUAUCCAACUAGCAUAGCAUCACUUGCCUUUAGUAAUGAUGGGACCACACUUGCAAUAGCAUCAUCAUAUAUGUAUGAAAUGGAUGACACUGAACAUCCUGAAGAUGGUAUCUUCAUUCGCCAAGUGACAGAUGCAGAAACAAAACCCAAGGAAACUGGGUCUCAGAAAGGUUUGGAGUGACUUGCCCAAGGCCCCAGAAGGAAGAAAAGAAGUCACAUAUGGCCACAAGGACAGUAGCUCAGGCCUGGCUUCAUGUUCCCUACCCUCCUGUUUACCUAAUUUGAAACGUUCUAGAUGUCUGUUGUGAACACUACUUGUACUAUAAAAACCGCUAUUUAGCAUUUGGUUUACCUGAUAUUUCUUGGCUUCAGUCACUUGUGCUAGCCUCAGAGCAUCUUCAUGACAGAGGAGUACAGAAGAAGUAGGGGGAAGAAUUAGUAAUAUAAGAGUUUGUUUAUGUGGUGCUUUAUGGUGUAUAAAUCACUUUUCUCACAGCAGCUCUGUGAAGUAGAUAGUAGUACAAGAAUUAUCUUCAGUUUAUAGGUAUAUAGAAUUGGAAAGGACCUUAGAGAGAUCAUUUAGUCCCACUCUUUACAGAUGGGGAAAAGGAAACCCAGAUGCAUGAAAAGACUUGACAGAAAUCACACAGAUGUCAGAUUUAGGAUUUAGAUUCUGUUUUUCUUGCAGCCCUGUAAUGUAGAUGUUUUUAGAUCAGGCUAAUGAAGUUUGCAGAGGUUAAAUGCCUUACCCUUGGUCACAGGGUUGACUGCCAAGUGCUAGAAUCAGCCUUUGGACCUAGGUCUUUCCACACGUCUCUCACACAUAUUCAUCAGAUUCACCAGGGCUGAAGUUUAAGGGACAUGUAUUUUACACAGAUUGAACAAUUUUGUAUUCUGUUUUUGAAAAGUAGAGAACAGUAAUUACAACCCUUUUCCCGUUACUCUUUAAAAAAAAAAAUCUCAUUUUUUAUGGUAAAACCAGGCAGCAAAACGGUGGAAACAAAUAAAUACAUAAAUGCCAAAUUUAAAAGAAAGUAGCAUUAGCCACUGUUUUCUUUUGCCUGGAAGGAAAGUACAUGUGUGAGCAGCCUUGCAGAGGGACUUUUAGACUUUCUGAAGGCUUGGUCUCUAGGAAUGGAAUUGGACCUUCCCUUCCUAAUUCUGGUUUCACCCAUGGUAAAGCCUUUUUAGAUAUUGAUCAUUAUUAGCUCUGUUUCUCAAUAUAGGUAAAGAAAGCUCAUUUCUUUUCCCCUUCUCCUGAUUCACUUCCACAUUUCUCUUAUACAGUCUUCAGAAACAGAUAAUAUUACUAGAAUUAUGACAGUAACCUCUUUUGAAGGAAGAUUUUUUUUUUCCCAAAAAGGUCAGAAUAGCAAAUUAAUUAGUUACUGUUAUAAUAAAAUUUGGCAAUUAGUAAAAGCAAAAGUGGAAUUAAAAGGCCUGGUAUCUGUUCAUUGGCUAGAAAACCAUAAAAUUAUAUGCUACAGUAAUGUCACAAUAAAGGCCAAUCUGCAGGUAUGCUAUAAUUUUGUUUUUGAGUGAACACUGGAUGAAACUAUCUUUGUAAAAAAAAAAAUGUAUGCAGCAUCCUGAGCCUCAGAAUCUUUCAUCUGUUUUCCGUCCUCUAUCACAGUCUUGAGGAAGUACAAUUAAAAAAGGGGUAAUUCUUUUUUCAAAUCAGUUUCCAUUAUUAUGUGAGAUUAUGAGUCAUUCUAAAUCCCGGUAUCCAGGAGAGACACCCCCGCUCUGCAGCUCCUUUCAACAGUUGUUUGUGGCAGUUUCAGCCUCUUUCUGCCUCUGAAGCUUUUUAUUUUUAAAGCAAGGCAGACGAGGCCUAAAAUUAUUCCAUUAAAGAGGGGCAAUUUUUGUAAUGGGACUUAGAGUGCUCUGCAGAAGUGCAGGCAAGUUUCUUCAAUAUCCUGAGCAUUAUUCACUCAUUUAGUUAAAUGAUGUUUCUAAUUCCCUGGUAAUUACAUGUAAUGAGGCACUUUUUCUCUUCUUGAUGAGACUUUAGCUUAAUAUGAGAUGGCAUAUUUUUUUCUUCCUUUUUUUUCAUGGGGAUAAUUACCCCUUCCUAGGAAAAGCAGGGUUUGUUGUGCAGAAUAUAGCAAAUUAUUUUAUUUCCUGCCAUCUUGACUGCCAGUAAAUUAUAAAAUUAAGUUUCAGUGGAACAUUAGCACCGUUUUGGGAAAGGCUUGAGACUUUUUUUUUUUAAUUCAUGUACUGCUGUCCUCUGGGAUCAUAGGGGCCAUUAUUCAUAGAAUAGAUGUUUUUCUGCCAAUUCCAAGUAUUCAGAUGUAUUAAGGCUGCAACUUAGAUUUAAUUUUCUGGAUGGUAUCCAGUGUAGAAUGUUCUUGAAAUCUUCUUUGUGCUCACGUAAUUAUCAUUACAAAGUUAAGUAAUAUGUUCCCUCUUUCGACCACCCUCCCCACAACACCCUCCUUUCCCCCAUUUAUAUGUCAAAUUACUUUUGUGUGUAUGUGUGUGUAUUGUAUCUCAUUUACAUGCACAGUAACUAUAUUUGAAUCACAUGAAGGUGGUGACACUGACUAUUAAUAGGUAGGAAGUUCAGAGUUAAUAUAGACACUACUGAACUCUACCUAUUGUAAAAAAAAAAGAUAUAAAGAGGAAAAUACAGGAAUAACAGCAUUAAUUAAGCACAACGCCAUUGAAUUUUCAGUUUCCUGGGCUCAGUUUUUGUUAGAAAUCUUAAAGAGUUUGGGGGAAGGUUGGCUUUUUGUUUUUUAAGAACAAUAUUUUAAUAAGAAAUAAUUAAAAGAGCAUGUUUCAGGAUAGUCAUUCUUUGUUCUCUAUCCAAUGACGCAUCUGAAGAUUUUCUUUAGUAUACUACUUGCUUAUCUGCAUAUUUCAGGCUUGUAAAUAUUUAUCAAUAAUAUAUCCACUCACACAGUUUUAAAAAAAAAUGUUCCUAUUCUCCAGGGGUAAUGCAAGUUGUUAAAGAAAUAAAGUCACUGUGUUAUAACUGGUUGAUGCAUUGGGUUUGGAGUGAGGAGACCUCUAUUGAAAGCCCUGACAUUUAUUAGCCAUGUAAAUUUGGGCUAAGUACUCAAAGGCAACAACUGUGUGUAUAAUUCAUUUUUCUGUUUCCCCCAGUGCUCAGCAAAAUGCCUUCCUAUAGUUGCCAUGCAAUAAAUGUUUGUUGAAUGAAUAAAUGAGCCCGUCUAUGAACUGGCAGCUUACAGAAGAUAAUUCUGUAUCUGAGCAGUAAUGACCUUUUACAUUUGUAUAAUGCUGAACAUUUUUGGGAAGUGCUUUCAAAUGAAUUGUAUCGUGUGA